AUGGACAACUCACUAUACACACGAGGCAGCGAUGACCUCCAAUACCGGGGCAUGCAGCUGUUCGCCGUCCAGCUGGCGUUCCUCAUCGCAGCUGGCAUAUUUGUACUGGCGAGAGCGUACGUCAAAAUAUGCAUUGUCAAGAAUGUAGCUGUGGACGACUGGCUCAUUUUCGGUGCCAUGAUUGGUUACACGGCAUAUGGAGGCAUUGCUUUGCACGGAGUCACCAAUGGCGCCACGGGGAAGCACAUCACAGAACUCACCGUCGACCAAGCCGCCGUGUCUCUGAGAGCCUGGUACAUCUGCGAAGUCCUGUACUCCCCAAUCACGCUGGCAAUUCGAACGUCAAUCGCUCUCCUGCUGCUCCGGCUCGCUCCCAACAAAAUCCACCGCUGGAUCAUCUACGCUAACCUGGUCGUCGUUUGGAUGAUCUCGAUCGCCUUCUUCUGCAUCAUGACAUUCCAAUGCAUGCCUCCGUCCUACUUCUGGAGGCAGUUGUACGGGGAUCCUGGGUCGUGCAUUGACCUCAACAUUGUUCCGGACGCGACCAUUGCCCACAGCAUCAUCUCGGCCCUGUCGGACUGGUGUAUGGGUUUACUACCUAUCGCACUGUUGUGGAACGUCAACCUUAACCGACGGACAAAGGUGUUGGUUGCUAUUCUCCUGAGCAUGGGCAUGGUCGCCGGUGUCGCUCUCAUAGUCCGCAUACCUUAUGUCAAACGUCUGGCCAUUUCGGCAGACUUCCUCUACGAGACAAUCGACGUCGCCAUAUGGAGUGUCUUGGAACCCGCUCUUGGAAUCAUCGCAGCCUCGGUGACUAGCUUGCGACCACUCUUCCACAACUGGGGGUUUGGAUGGAGCAGCAAGAGCAAAGAAUCCCAUCCUUCGGGGUUCAAUACCAAUGAUCCCAACGGAAGGAAAGUACCCCCGCCCCCCAACGUCAGAGGGAAAAAUUUGGACAGCUUUACCUCCACGGGCGUGACGUACAACGACGUUGACCGGACUCUGGCCGGCACGGGCUCGGACAUCGAACUGAACAAGACCGUGCGGGACGACAUGAGGGACGAGGACGACGAUUACGACGGCUCACGACCGUCUUCUGACCUCGGACAGAGGGGUCACGCUCAAGAGACAACGGAUUCAGACAACAGGCGGGUGAUCAACGUCCGGACGACUAUCGACAUCUUGACGCACUCUAUCAGCCGUGAACUCCCCCCGACUGAGUGUUCGGCUGGUGACAAAGAGGAGGAGAAGUCGGAGCGCGGAGAUGUGGUUGAUCGCAGGAGCAGGGCCGUCUAA